ACGCGGAAAGCAGCGCACACGUGAUCCCCUAUCCUGGCCCUUCGAGUCGGGGCCGGUCUCCGGCCGGGCUGCUGUAGAGACACUGAGGAGCUACCAAGGCCUCCCAACUGGGAUAAUUCACAGGAAUUCUCAAUAUGGCAGAAAUGGGUGUGGAGAAAGAUAAAGGAGAGGGACUACUGAAGAGGGUGCAGGAACUGGAGGAAGAAGUGAAGAGACUGCAAGAGAAACUCUUGGAGGGCAAGGAGGGCACAGACAUAAAAAGCAACCCUUCAGCACUGGGGAAAACUAAGAAACGCCAGCAGCGGCCAUUUGAUUUUAGUGCCUAUGGCCGGAGACAUGUGGCACUGAAGAUUGCCUACCUGGGCUGGGGUUACCAGGGCUUUGCCAGCCAGGAGAACACCAGCAACACCAUUGAAGAAAAACUGUUUGAGGCACUAAGCAAGACCCGGCUGGUAGACAAUAGGCAGACUUCCAAUUAUCAUCGCUGUGGACGGACAGACAAGGGGGUCAGUGCAUUUGGACAGGUGAUUUCCCUGGACCUUCGCUCAAACCUUUCAGAGGGAAAGAAAGUGAAUGGUCAUGAGGGUGGCUUGGAAGACAAAACCAGUAGUCCUGCCAACGAAAUCCGCUACACCCAUAUCCUAAAUCGGGUGCUCCCUCCUGACAUACGCGUGUUGGCCUGGGCCCCUGUAGAGCCCAGCUUCAGUGCUAGAUUCAGCUGCCUCAAGAGGACCUAUCGCUAUUUUUUCCCUCGUGCAGAUUUAGAUGUGGCCCUCAUGAAUGCUGCAGCCCAAAAAUAUGUGGGGACCCAUGACUUCCGGAACUUGUGCAAGAUGGAUGUAGCCAAUGGUGUGACAAACUUCCAAAGGACUAUUCUUACAGCACAGGUGCAGCUGGUGGAUAGAAGAGGGGAAACUGGGCUACAGGACCCUUUCCAACUGUACCAGUUUGAAGUCACAGGCCAGGCAUUCCUCUAUCAUCAAGUCCGUUGCAUGAUGGCAAUCCUCUUGCUAAUUGGACAGAGUAUGGAGAAUCCAGAGAUUAUUGAUGAGCUAUUGGAUGUAGAGAAGAACCCUCGAAAACCACAGUACAGCAUGGCAGUGGAAUUUCCUCUGGUUCUGUAUGACUGCGAGUUUGAAAACAUCCAGUGGAUCUACGACCAAGAAGUUCAGGAGUUUAAUGUUACUCAUUUACAGCAACUCUGGGCCAAUCAUGCAGUCAAAACUCACAUGUUAUAUAACAUGUUACAGGGGCUAGACUCUGCUGUCAUACCCACAGGGCCAGGCCCAGAGAAGGACAGAAUGGUCCUCUGGAGAGAGGUGAAGCCCCCAGUCCACAACCAGGUCAGCAGUUUCAUCGAGGGGGUGAAGGCCCGCACUUACAAACCUUUGCUGGCUCGUCCCAAGUGCGAAGGUUUGGAGUCCCGGAUCAAUCACUUUGUGCGCAGGGGACGUAUUGAGCUGCCACACUGCAGGGAGAAAGAGACUGGAGCAGACAAAGAGGAGCACCUAGAAAUAAAGAGAGGCCACAAUGACAGUGCAGAAAAAGAUAGUGAGGUUCCGGGACAAGCUGCCAAGCGGGUCUGUGUGGACACAGUCCAAGAGCUCUAAACGAGACCUUGCCACCUGAUCACAGAAGCAGGACCAUCUUUCAGUGAUGGGGUGGAAGUGGUCCCCUAGGAUUUUAGGAAAGGAAGCAUUUGGGGGUGGGAGGAAGGGCACAGAGGAGAGGAAUCCUUUUAAAGCUGCAAUUCUGCACCUACUUUUUUAAAAUAUUAAUUUCCAGGGCACUGUCCAAAGAACUAUUGUACAAUGAUAUAGUGCAGAGGUUCUCAAACAGGUCCAUGAAACAUGCUGGGCAUAUGGUACUUGUUUUACCUCCUUUUUACCAGCUGCUAAAAUGCAUUAAAAGUAGCUAAUAUUACUUUUCCAUGCAAGCAAUUGCUGUAUUUGCCACAGGAAUAUCAUGUGAUUAAAUGGAAGAGGUGGUGCCCCAUGUAAUUGAGGACAAGUGGUAGAGACAGUAUAAGUGUGAUCCAGACUAGGAAAGUGAAAACCCCUACUCUAAGGGGCCACCAUUAUUUCCUUUCAUCCCUCAAUUUCUUCAGCCCUUUCAUGCUGCACUUUCUGCUUAAGCACUUUGCACAUGGAAGAGUUGCAGAGAGAACCAGUUAGUACCCUGGCCAGGGUCCGUUUUCAGCCAGCUCCCUGGGUAAAGUGCUGUCUCAGCAACUGCUGCCAGGCUCCUGUUUGCCACCCAGAGUGCAUUCUGGUGGGUAGUACCCAAAAGUAGGAAGUAUGGUAAGUGCUUUGGAGCAGUGGUUCUCAAACUUGGGCCAUCGCUUGUUCGGGGAAAGCCCCUGGCAGGCUGGGCCU